CACACACUCCCUGUAGUGAUCCAGUCAUCCUCUACGUAUAUCCCGUAGUAGCCCGCACAUCCCUCCGGUUGUCGUUACAGUCACCUCCUAAUCCCAGUCACAUGCACUACGCCCCCCGCUUUCCCAGGCCCGACCCUUCAGGCGCCAUCACUUCCCGCUCCGUAUUGGACGGAGGCUGGCAGCAGCUGGGAUAGGGAAGUACAUGCCUCCCGUGCGCCUGCGCAGUGCGGCCAGGUUGUGUGGAUAAAUAAAAUUACACAAUAGUGUUAGUGCCACUGUGUCCUGGGCUCUCCGGAAACCGCAGUGUGCUGGGACUGGUUUCUUUUUGUGCAUAAAAACUACUAAUACGUUCCACCAUGAACUUUUUCUUGGAGACCUUGAAAGUUUUACUUCUUACGAUCUAUUUGAUCUUUGAAUCUAUUAUCUUAUGGAUUAUCCCAUCUAGAAGAAAGAAUGUUGCUGGUGAACUGGUUCUUAUCACUGGAGCUGGGAGUGGGAUAGGACGUCUUAUGGCACUUGAGUUUGCCCGUCUUGGUGCUACUCUUGUGUUGUGGGAUAUCAAUGAAGAGGGCAUUAAGGAAACAAGCAGACUGGCAAAGAAAAAUGGUGCAGUUCGGGUACAUACAUACACAUGUGACUGCAGCAAGCGGGAAGAGGUUUACAAGGUUGCAGACCAGGUGAAAAAAGAAGUUGGAGAUAUCACCAUGUUAAUAAACAACGCAGGCAUUGUGACUGGAAAGAAAUUCAUCGAUUCUCCUGAUUCCCUUUUAGAGAAGACCAUGCAAGUGAACACCAUGGCGCAUUUUUGGACUUAUAAAGCUUUCCUUCCUGCAAUGAUUGCCUCCAAUCAUGGGCACCUUGUGAGUAU